CUGUUGAAAACCUCUGAAAACAAAAACACAAAGCGAAGAACGUCAUCGAUCGAUUAGAAGAACAACAGUAAAAACGUAAAUAAAAACAAUCCAGUGAAAACUAGUGCAAAACUCCUCCCAAAUUGUGUGGAAUAUUGUCUACCGUAAAAUGUUCGCCUCACAAUGAGCGACCAUAAUCCUCCGGGCAGAAACACAAACCACAACAGCACUAAUUCCAUCAGCAAACGUCCCCGACUGCUAUCGUUCCAAGGCCCCAGCACGGAAUCUGCCACCGUGGAGCGCCCUCCGAUGGCCGCGGGACCCUCAUCUAGCUCACUAGAGGAAAUCAAUGUGAGACAGCCGGCGCUGGCAGCGCCUGACCUUGCCAGUUGGCAAGAGGCCCAGAUUGCUGCCUGCAUCGAGGAUAACACGAUCAACAUGGUGCUGGAGCAGUACAUUAGCUUCUACGAGGCACGCCACAACGGUGUGGAGGCGGAAAUGAUAGCUCGCGCGGAAAUCGCCGAAAUGGAACACCAGCAGGAAGUGCUAAUAGAGGAUCGUGCAAUCAUGGCUGCCAUCAGCGAACGGGGAUUGCAGCCUGUGCAGGUAGAUGGCGAUGGUAAUUCUGACGAAGAAAGUGUGGAUAACGUUCCGGGAGCAAUUCCGAUGGGUGCAGCUGGACAGAGAGCAGAAGUAGACGGUCAAGAUGGAAUCGAUCUGCUCGAGUCGGCCGUUGUAGCGGCAAUUCAGGAAAAGGGCCUCACCAAUGCUGUCAGCAACGAGUGCGGUCAAAUGGAGGAUGGAGCUGGAAGCUAGUGGAUUCGUGGUGACUUGAGUAUGCAUUCAUAAGCUCAUCAAUAUUAGCGUUUCAGUCAUGUGUUAGUGUGUAGUCUGGAUAUUGAAACAUUAAACAUAAGCUCAUCCGGUAAGGGCGAUUAUCUCUUAUUGGUUCACUAUAAACACCCCUCUAUAUUAGCCUAGAUGUAAACCGAGAAAAUAAAACGUACUAAAAGCAAUAAAA